CGGGAACCCGUGGAGGAUGGCCUGGACCGUGUCCACUCAGCCUCAGGCCCUGGGUCCUGCUGGUGGACUGGACUGGGCCUCGGGGAUCUGUGACUGCUGGGAGGAUAAGAAACAGUGCUGCUGUGCGUUCUGGUGCUGUCCCUGUUUUGCCUGCAGAACCACUAAAGAGUUCGGUCAGUGUUUGUGUCUCCCUCUGCUGGACGCCCUGGACUGUCUCCAUCCCAUCACCAUGUCCAUCAGGGUGUCCAUGCGUCACCGCUACGGCAUCAAGGGUAACCUGUGUGAGGACUGUUUGUGCUCCACCUUCUGUCUGCCCUGUGUCUGGUGUCAGAUGGCCUCAGAGAUGAAGAAGAGACAGCUGCCCACCGUCCUGAGUGACCUCAUCGUUAGGUGAUUAGGUGAUGACCUCAUCGUUAGGUGAUGAACUCAUCGUUAGUUGGUUAGGUGAUGACCUCAUCGUUAGGUGAUGACCUCAUCGUUAGGUGAUGACCUCAUCAUUAGAUGAUUAGGUGAUGACCUCAUCGUUAGGUGAUGACCUCAUCGUUAGGUGAUGACCUCAUCGUUAGGUGAUUAGGUGAUGACCUCAUCGUUAGGUGAUGACCUCAUCGUUAGGUGAUGACCUCAUCGUUAGUUGAUUAGGUGAUGACCUCAUCGUUAGAUGAUUAGGUGAUGACCUCAUCGUUAGUUGAUUAGGUGAUGACCUCAUCGUUAGAUGAUUAGGUGAUGACCUCAUCGUUAGGUGAUUAGGUGAUGACCUCACUGUUAGGUUAUGAUC